GGACUACAUUUUCCAGGAGGCCUUGCGGUGCGCAUGCGCGGAAACGCCAGGACCCGGGCGGCGGUAACUCUAGCACGUCCCACCUGGUUCUGGGCUCCAUGCAGAUUUUCGCAGCUCCGGCAGAGAAGAGGGUACUGCACUCCUCACUCAGGUCGACAGCCCACUUCCUUGCUGAACAGUGCGAGGCGGCGGCAUCGAGCCGAGUUCCACCAUGGCCGCGAAUUAUUCCAGUGCAAGUGCCAGGAAAGAACAUGUCAAAGUGACAACAGGCCCCCAGCCAAGCUUCCUGGAGCGGCUGAGCGAGACCUCGGGUGGGAUGUUUGUGGGACUCGUGACCUUCCUGCUCUCUUUCUACUUAAUUUUCACCAAUGAGGGCCGCGCGCUGAAGACAGCAACCUCACUGGCUGAGGGGCUCUCGCUUGUGGUGUCCCCCGACAGCAUCCACAGUGUGGCUCCAGAGAACGAAGGGAGACUGGUACACAUCAUUGGCGCCCUGCGGACAUCCAAGCUCUUGUCUGAUCCAAACUAUGGGGUCCACCUUCCGGCUGUGAAGCUGCGGAGGCACGUGGAGAUGUACCAGUGGGUGGAGACCGAAGAGUCCAGGGAGUACACCGAGGAUGGGCAAGUGAAAAAGGAGACGCGGUACUCCUACAAUACUGAGUGGAGGUCAGAAAUCGUCAACAGCAGAAAUUUUGACCGAGAGAUUGGCCACAAAAACCCCAGUGCGAUGGCAGUGGAGUCGUUCACAGCAACUGCCCCCUUCGUGCAGAUUGGCCGAUUUUUCCUCUCAGCAGGCCUCAUUGAUAAAGUUGACAACUUCAAGCCACUGAGCCUUUCCAAGCUGGAGGACCCUCACGUGGACAUCAUUCGCCGGGGAGACUUUUUCUACCACAGCGAAAACCCCAAGUAUCCUGAGGUGGGAGACCUGCGUGUCUCCUUCUCCUAUGCUGGCCUGAGCGGCGAUGACCCCGACCUGGGCCCGGCACACGUGGUCACUGUGAUUGCACGACAGCGGGGAGACCAGCUAGUCCCAUAUUCCACCAAGUCUGGGGACACCUUGCUGCUCCUGCACCAUGGGGACUUCUCGGCAGAGGAGGUAUUUCAUAGAGAACUGAAGAGCAACACCAUGAAGACAUGGGGCCUGCGGGCCGCCGGCUGGAUGGCCAUGUUUAUGGGCCUCAACCUCAUGACACGGAUCCUCUAUACCCUGGUGGACUGGUUUCCUGUCUUCCGGGACCUGGUCAACAUUGGCCUUAAAGCCUUUGCCUUCUGCGUGGCCACAUCGCUGACCCUGCUGACCGUGGCUGCUGGCUGGCUCUUCUACCGGCCCCUGUGGGCUCUCUUUAUCGCCGGCCUGGCCCUGGUGCCCAUCAUCAUUGCUCGGACCCGGGUGCCAGCCAAAAAGCUGGAGUGAAGCAGGCCCUGGCACCCGCCCAACGCCUGCGUGAGCCCCAGGAUGCGGUCCUCCCUUACCCCACCCCAGUUCCACGCCUGGGCGGGGCCAGUUUGGAUUCUGCACCCUCUACUCUUCAAGGGGCUGAACUCAGCAGUGUGCUCAUGGGUGUGGCAUUCACUCAUCACAUCUUCCCCACCCUCUUCUUGCCAGCAAGCAGCUUUGGUGGCAGAAGCAGCUGACAAGUGGCAAGCUAAUAAGCCUUCCCCGCUGGCUUCCUUCUUUUCUCUCAGGACGGAGUGAGUGUAGUCAGAUUGUUUCACUUCACUUGGCCGAUCUGUCUGUGGACGACGCAGAGACACUCCACGGAGACCUGCUGAUAAAGGGCUCGGCGGUAUGGCUGCUGCCUCCCACCGCUGAGGACAAGUGCCAGGGCUCCCUCUGCUGCAGCUGCCAGCUGCGCCAGCAAUCCUGGGUGGCAACAGACAAUCACAUGUCCUGCACAGCAGGUGUGCCCCAAGCCAACAGCUGCGGAACUUAAAAAAAAGAAACUCUGACGUCUGUGGGCUUGACACUUCUGUGGCUUGGCAGAUGUAGUGUGGAGAGUCUCCAGAGGCCCUGCUUUUCUUUGUUCCUUUGCUUCGUGUGUACUUUUCUACCCCAAGAGGGAGUUAUCUGAACCAAGAUGUAAAAACUAAAGCACCUGAAUAAUGAGCAGCAUUUCAGACUGUUACAGAAAACACCCUUUCAUCUGUCAACUGAAGUUUAUUCAGACCAUAGAAAGGUGUUAAAUUCGGGUGUGACUUAACUGAUUAAAUAAAAGCUCUUUGAGUAUUCUGGGUCAUUGGGA